AGCCAAAUCGAAGGAACAGCAACUAGAGCUCAUUCCUCGGUUACAAGUCCUCGCUCGUUCAUCGCCCACCGAUAAGACUAUAUUCGUUUCCCGUUUGCAAGAAUUAGGGGAAGUUGUCGCAGUUACUGGAGAUGGUACCAAUGACGGACCAGCAUUAAAAAUGUCCGAUGUUGGAUUUAGCAUGGGGAUCACUGGUACCGAAGUCGCGAAAGAAGCUUCUGAUAUCAUUUUGAUGGAUGACAAUUUUAAUUCCAUAGUCAAAGCCCUAAAAUGGGGACGUGCAGUCAAUGACAGUGUACGAAAAUUUUUACAGUUUCAACUUACCGUUAACAUCACUGCAGUCUUCUUAUCCUUUCUAAGUGCCGUUCUCAGUGAUGAUAACGAAUCUGUAUUGACGGCUGUACAAUUACUCUGGGUCAAUCUUAUUAUGGACACGUUGGCUGCUCUUGCUUUGGCGACGGAGCCACCUACAGAUGAUCUGGUGAAUAGAGGACCUACUUCUAAAACUGCUUCAUUGAUUAAUUACCGAAUGUGGAAAAUGAUUAUUGGAGAAGCGGCUUUCCAGAUAAUCAUAAAUCUGACUUUGCUAAAUAUCGGGUACAAGAUCUUUCACCUUGAUGAGAACAACAAACACGACAGAGAAGUGAUGCGAACUAUUAUCUUUAAUACAUUCGUUUUCCUUCAAGUCUUCAAUGAGAUCAACUGCCGCCGAAUCGACGACACCGUAAACGUUUUCCGAAAUAUUUUCAAUAAUCACAUCUUCAUCAUAAUUCAGAUUGUUGUUAUUGCAGGCCAAGUCCUUAUUAUUCAAUUCUGCGGGAUAGCCUUUGGUACUGUGCCACUUAAUUGGUACCAAUGGCUCGUCACCGUAUUAAUCGGAUUCCUUUCUAUACCAGUGGGUCUAAUAAUUAGGCUCAUUCCUAAUUCUUGUUUACCAGAAAGCAUCGUGGAUGAGGAAUACAAACGAAAAGUCACCAAGGAGAGGAUGCUUUGGGAAAAAGGAAUAGAUGAUGUCAAAACCCAAUUAAAAGUAUAUAGUGUUUUAAGAAAGAAAAAGGAUCGUAUCAACGCGGGAUCUCGAAAGAACAGUUUCGAUAGCACAAGUGGAUUAGGCCGAAACAAGUUUGCUAAUUUUGUGAAUGCAACCAUGCAUUAA